CUCAGCGAGAUACAUUCAGGCCUGGUGGUGGUCCUUGUAGAUCUCUCCAAGCGGUCCCUCUCCCGUCCGACCGGAUUCUGCAGCUGUCCGAGCAGACAGAUCACGUGCAUCUGAGCGAGCUCCGCCGCGGGAAUUACUUUUUCAAUUUCAAUAGUCGGAGAAGCCAGGACCCCAACAUGCCUCGGUCAUUCCUCGUGAAGAAGUAUUUUUCCAUCAAGAAGCCAUACUACAGGGAGAGCCAGCUGGAGAGCCAAACUGCUUUUGUUCCAGAAAGCUUUCCUCGGGCUGAACUUCCAACACAGAACAACAGCUCUGCCCUGACCUGCUAUCCUGCCAACCCAUUCUUCAGCAGCACGGACACGCUGCCCGCCCCUCUCUCCCCGGUCACCCCAGUGUCUCUGCCCCCUUCACCCCUGGGUCCUCUGGACCUCAGCAGCUCACCUUCCAGCAGCAGCGGCGAGGAAGAGGAGGACAGCGGGCGUAGUUCAGAUCCCCCCAGUCCGGAUAUCAUCCAGCACAUCUACCACUGUCUCCACUGCAGCAAGAGCUACACCAGCCUCUCUGCGCUGUCCCACCAUCAGGUGUCCCACCACCAGCUCUCCCACUGUGCCCCACUGCAGCAGACGCCCUCUCUGCCCACCGAGGUGUCCACACGCCCAGCCUUCCACUGCAAACACUGCCCCAAGGAGUACACCAGCCUGGGAGCCCUGAAGAUGCACAUUCGCUCGCACACUCUGCCGUGUGUGUGCCCCACCUGCGGCAAGGCCUUCUCCAGACCAUGGCUGCUCAGAGGACACAUUCGCACGCACACAGGUGAACGUCCCUUCGCUUGUCAACACUGUAAUCGGGCUUUUGCUGACCGCUCCAACCUUCGCGCACACCUGCAGACCCACUCUGAGGUGAAGAAAUACCAGUGUGGCUCCUGCUCGCGGACCUUCAGCCGCAUGUCCCUGCUGCACAAACACAAUGCCUCUGGAUGCUGCCCUGCCUCAUAGACUCACAUUCCCUGGACUGCUCUCAUGAGCCAGUUGAAGCUGCUGGCUGGUUCUGACCCUCCCCUCAGCCCCUGAUCACAGCCAAUACAUGCAAAAAGGCCAUUUGGGAGAUUGAUGCCAGCUCAUUUCAAAGCCGUGACAGGAAAACUUGAGUUCUGUUGCUUUUUAUAUAAAAUGACUUUUUAAGUGCCUUUGAUAUUCCAAGACUCCGUAGGUUUAUCAGAUAUCGGUUGUCUGCAGCACAUUUUUGCUGCGUCAACUGCGUGUGAUUUGAGGGCAGCUGGACAUGCAGUUAAUUCCCAGGAAACUCCAUCGGUGCCGGCCGGUCCGGGACUCUGGCCAUGUUGCAGCUGCUUGGGUGUGUUUGUGUGUGUCUGUGGUGUAUGCGGGGAUGUCAUUCCUCACCAUACUAUACAUACAUGGCAUGUGUGUGGAAAUGAGCAAGUGUGUGUGUGUGUUGAGACAGCUGUCUGUGUAUGGUGUACUGUGGAGGCAGGGCGCUGAGAGACGUGUUAGCUGUGACCUCGACGACAGGUGACCCUCUGCUCGUCUAUCCUGAUUGGAAAUGAAAGGACCACUUAAGGUUGACCAAAAAAACACAACUUGCCUUCCCCAUUGUAGUUUAUUUAGACAUGUUUUUUUUCUUUUUUUGUUUAUUUUUUAUUUUUUUGGAAGAUUUUGACCUACCAUUUUUAUGAAAUAUUUUUGUGAACACGCCAUUCAAAUGAAUGGAAUUCUGUGCUUUUUCGAGGUUGUGUAUUUU